AUGGGAGAAGUUUACACAGCAGAUCUAGAUCAACUUAUAAGAAAUUAUGAUAAAUUAGCACAACUAAGUCAAAAUCAGAGAUAUAAUAUACUUCAGUCUGCUUUGUCUCUUGCUGAAUUUGAUGAAACCUCUGAUAUGAUGGCUCAAUUAGAUACAUCAUUUUUAGAGACACUUUAUAUUGAUAGUUUUAUUACUGCAUACAAAGCUGAUUUGCAGUCACUCAGACAAUAUAUAGAAAGUAGAAAUGCUGCAAUUAACAAAAUAGUAAUAACUAAUACCAUCUCUAUCUAUUUCUACUCUCGAUCUCUAAAGAGAGGACAAGCUCAACAAGCAGCAGUAGCACAAAUGAGAGACUUUCAAGAGUUUAUAACCCAUUCUGAAAUGAUUAAAAGCAAGAUUACACCUCAACAAUUAGCUAAUUUGAGAAAAAAUAGAGAGUUUAAAGAACUUAAACAUCAAAUAUGGAAAGUAAAUCACGAUGAACCAUAUCAAGACCAAGAAGGUGGUGACCAAAAUGGAGACGAUGAAGAAGAUAUCGUUCUUUCAUCUCAAUCUGUAAAUAUUAUAUGCCCACUCACCAAGAAACCAUUUGAACAUCCAGUAAAAUCGUCAGUCUGUGGACAUAUGUUCUCUAGGGAUGCAAUCUAUUCAAUGUUUAGAAAUAAUGCCCAAACACAAUGUCCACAAAUAGGUUGUUCAAAGGCAUUUUCAAAAUCUCAAUUGGAACGUUCUGUAGACAUGGAAUCCACUGUAAAGAGAGAACUUAGAAAGAGAAGUAGAUCUCAAAAGGAUCCAGAUAAUAUUACUGAUUUAUCUUAA